UUGGUUCCAAUAAGUACUAGCUAGUGUCAUGCUGCCCAUUGUACAUCCAUUAACAUUCUCCAUCUAAAUUUGUCCAAUAUUCCGAUACACACAACCAACCGACUGUAGAUAAGAUCUUAUCAACUAUUGUGAUGGAUACACCUUUGGAAGAUCUUGUCAAGGAAUGGCUUCGCCUUGAUCCUAAUGAAUCCACAAGAAAGGAUGUGGAACAGCUGUGGCAUAAUAAUGCCAUCGACGAGUUGGAGAGACGUAUGAGGACACGCAUAGAAUUCGGUACUGCAGGUCUGAGGGGAAAGAUGGAGGCCGGAUGGUCUCGCAUGAAUGACCUGAUUGUGAUCCAGGCAUCCCAGGGCUUGUGCGCGUACGUCCUCGAGCACGUCAAGAAUGCUGCUACCCGUGGAGUAGUCGUAGGACACGAUCACCGGCAUAACUCGGAGAAAUGGGCCCAGCUUACUGCGGCUGCUUUCAUAGCCAACGAUGUCAAGGUUUAUCUGCACAAAGGGCUUGUACACACUCCUUUGGUUCCAUUUUCCGUAAAAGCGCUCAACGCGGCCUGUGGAGUCAUGAUCACAGCAAGCCACAACCCCAAGCAAGAUAAUGGCUACAAGGUUUAUUGGGAAAAUGCCGUUCAAAUCAUAGGGCCGCAUGACGUCGGAAUCGCACAGUCCAUUCUGCAAAAUCUGGAGCCCAGAGUGCAUGAUGCUUCACAAAUAGUUGAAUCCGGCAUGUGCAUCGAUUGUACGGAGGAGAUGAAAAGAGGGUACUUCGUUUCUCUCAGUCAUCUGCGCACAGCGGCGUUAUCAUUCAGCGGAGGUUCAGUGGCUUUUGUCAACACAUCCAUGCAUGGCGUUGGGGGUCCAUUUGCAUCUAAAGCCUUCGAGAUUGCCGGAUUUCCGCCUUUUACGCCUGUGAAAGAACAGCAGCAUCCAGACCCAGAAUUUCCAACGGUGAAGUUCCCAAACCCUGAAGAAAAGGGCGCACUCGAUCUAGCAAUAACUACGGCGAACGCCAAAGGAGCAUCGUACGUCCUUGCACAGGAUCCGGACGCUGAUCGCUUCUCUGCGGCUGAAAACUGUGAUGGAAAGUGGGUAACAUUCACUGGCGAUCAACUUGGCACGUUAUUUGCCUAUCAUGUGUUUGAGACCUACAAGACUUCCGGAAAGCCCAUAGGUAAGCACGGGGACAUUCCCUUGCGUGCCUGCCUGAAAUUACCUUUAGGCAAGUUGGCCAUGGUCGCUUCGACAGUCAGCUCCAAGAUGAUUGAAGCCAUAGCGCAAACCGAAGGGUUUCGCUUUGUCGAUUGUCUCACAGGCUUCAAGUUCAUUGGCAACACUGCUUUAGAUCUCGUCAAGGCGGGGUACGAAGUACCGUUCGGAUAUGAAGAAGCCAUAGGGUACAUGUUUGGUUCUGACAUCAGAGAUAAAGAUGGGGUGGCCGCAACUAUGGUAUUCGCACAACUUGCUGCAAGCUUGCGCGCGCGAGGCACAACAGUAACCGUACAUUUACAAGAACUCUAUCGAAGAUAUGGAUAUUUCGAGACGAGCAACAGCUAUUUCAUCUGCACUGACCCUCUUGUCACCGAGACAAUUUUUAGGAAGAUUCGCUCUUCGGAUGUUAUGGGCUCAUCUCAAGGACGAUCUUAUCCAUCCUCGAUUGGGGGGUUGCGGAUCCAGAGCGUAGUCGAUCUAACGGAAGGGCAUGGCUACGAUAGCACGAACGCGCCUACUUAUCAACCCAAACUACCGCUGUCCUUAGGGCACAUGAUCCAGUUCAGAGCAUUCUCCGAUUCAGCGGGCACAGACGACUCUCGAAUCGUUUUGACAAUUAGGACAAGUGGGACAGAGCCAAAGAUCAAAUACUACCUCGAGGGCAGUGGCAGCAACCGCCAAGCUGUGCACAGUUUACUUGGUCGUGUAGUGGACGACCUAGCAGAAGAUUGGAUGAAUGCAGCCGAGAAUGGAUUAGGUCGUCCAUGAUUAUAUUGCGAACCUUCGCAUGAUUCUGUAUUGUAGCCACAAAGCUCACCGCGUAGACAAGUUGUAAUAUGACUGGCACAAAUCCGCCCGAUUGAUUGGCAAGUCGA